AUGCCCAGCCUUGCCGCAGUGGCGGCAGGUGUCGUCGUCGAUCUCCUCUUUGCCGUGGCCACGCCUGGCGCGACGCUUGCCAGAGCCGCCAUGUCGCUGCUGAAGGGUGGAAGCGCAGGCACAGGCGAUGCAGCAGCAGCAGCAUCUCCACCCUGCUUGCCUUGCGGAUCUUUUGAAGAGAAGGUCACGAGGAAGGUGGUGCUUCUGUUGGGUUGUGGAAUUUCAACUCUAUCCUUCAGUAGCCCGGUGAUUAUUUACUGGAGCCUUGGUAGCAGUUUGCCAGAGACCAUUACCUUCCAUAGCCUUUGGGAUUUGAUAGCCACAGCAGCUAACUGUCUAGCAUGGUUGCUAUUUGGUAUCACACAAUUACAUAUUGAAGGUAAUAGAGUCUUUGGUGCAGAGGCUGUCUUAGUUAAUCUUCUGGGCCUCAUUGUCUACACACUGUGCACCGUAAUCAAGAUAGCAAGUGAUGCAAAUGUCCGUAGUAAGGGAUGCAUUGGAGCCAUCGUCGCUUUGUGUGGUCCCACUUUCGUCGUUCUGUACUUCACCGUGUUUGGGCCCUUCAAGAGAGAAAGUUUGGCUGCAAUAUGGAUCUCAUAUGGUGCAGCACUUGUGCAAUUCUGCUCACAACUUCUGCCGUUUCGCAGCCUUUUCCUACUCUGCCGUCCUCCUGCUGAUGCUCCUCCCCAACACCCCAACACGAAGAAGUUGGUCAUCUUCUCCCGUGGUUGCAACUUAAUUGUGUAUGUGUAUUGGGCGAUGUACUGCGUUUUCACUUACAAGCAUGACUUCUUUGAGGCAGCGAAUAUUGUUGGCGCUGUUUUGGCCUUGAUCACUUUUGCAAUUCACCUGAUAUAUGCCCUGGAGCCGCAAGCAGCAGGGCCGAAAGCAGCAGCCUGAGCAGAGAAGAAGCAGAGGACAGCAACAAAGAGCAUACAAAUACUGUAGAAAAAAAAAAUGUAGUAGUAACACGAAACAACUCCACUGGCUACCAGAAUGACAGUCGAGUAAAAUCAGUAGAAACUCUAGGCUAUUGGAUGGAGCUUUUGUCACAUUUCUUGAUCCACCCUACUCGAAACGCUAAGCUAUUGGAUGGAGCUUUUGUCACAUUUCUUGAUCCAUCCUUAGCAAAUGCUUGGACUAAUAUCGGCUUGGACUCAGAUCACGCUGGGACGUGAGGACAUAUCGGGGACCUCUUUGGUUCAGGGGUUUGUACUGGCCCUUUUGGUGUCUCAGGUUGUACUGGUCUGAUGGAUUUGCUGUCGUCAGGUGUGAGUUUUUAUGCAAAAUUCUGUUAAGGUUUGACUCAGCGUGAUAUGAUUCAGAUGUUUUGAGAUAAGUA